UUUAUUGUCGCGAAUUUUAAUGAAACAUGCCAGCUAUUAUAAAAAAUAAUGUUUUAAUAUAUGAAGGCUGCAAUUAUCUACGAUAUCGUUUAAUAUUGUCAACUUUAUCAGGCAAACCUGUGCGAAUUACAAAUAUCAGAAUUAAAGAUGAUGAUCCUGGGCUUAAAGAGUAUGAAGUCAGUUUUAUACGUUUAUUGGAUAAAAUUACGAACGGAACAAGGAUAGAAUUAAAUGAAACAGGAACCAAUUUGUUUUAUGGUCCCGGUUUGUUGAAUGGCGGUGAAUUAGAGCACGAUUGUAGCUUACAACGUGGUAUUGGCUAUUACUUAGAAGCAAUUGUAAUAUUAGCUCCAUUUUGUAAAAAUGCUGUUGAUGUAAAACUUAAAGGAAUCACUAAUAAUACAAUGGAUCCAUCUGUGGACAGAAUAAAAGUAGCUGCUGUGCCUAUACUAAAAAGAUUUUUGUUGGGUGAUAAUGAAAUUCUAUUUACUAUUAGUAAAAGAGGAGCUGCACCUUUAGGUGGUGGAGAAAUUCGUUUCAAGUGUCCUGUUAGUCGUAAUCUUAAAAGUAUUCAUUUUCAAAAUAGUGGAAUGGUAAAACGUGUAAGAGGUACUGCAUGCAGUAUACGUGUGUCUCCUGCUAUAGCUAAUCGAAUUGUGGAGUCUGCUAAAGGUGUACUGUUAAAGUUCUUACCAGAUGUCUACAUUCAUACAGAUCAUUGUAAAGGUGCAGCUAGUGGAAAAUCACCAGGCUUUGGAGUAACUUUAUCAGCUGAAACAACUACAGAUGUUGUUUUUGGUGCAGAAGCAUUUUCACCUCUCAUGAAAGCAGGUUCUUUACCUUGUGUACCAGAAGAUAUUGGUAAAGAAGCAGCUAUGAAAUUAGUUGAUGAAAUUUAUAGAAAUGGUUGUGUGGAUUCACCUUUUCAAUCUAUGACUGCAAUGUUUAUGGCAUUAGGCAAAAAAGAUGUUUCUAAAAUUGUAACAGGACCAUUAACACCAUCAAUGAUACAGUUUUUACGCGAUUUGAGAGAUUUCUUUGGAGUCGUUUUUAAAAUCGAAAAACUUAGAGAAGAUGAUGAGAUAUUAGAUCAAGUUGUUUUAACUUGUAUAGGUGUAGGAUAUUCUAAUAGGGGUAAACGGACGUUGUAA